AUGCCUAAGCAGAGGCAGACUUGUACGAGGUGUUCGAUGAGGCGGCAGAAGUGCGAUCGGAAAAGCCCUUGCACAAGAUGCGUACAGAAUAAGGAGGGUCAUUUAUGUACGACGGAAUGGACGAACGGUUACAAUCCCGCUGUGCAUCGCAGAUACCCAAAGAAGGCGUCGCCUACGCAGCCACUUGCGUCGCUAGAUGGGAGCUCGCCGUCACAGUCAAGCACUCAGUCUUGGCCUUCAUUAUCUGCCCCUGGCCAAGGGCUGCCUACACAUUUUCGAUCGGAUCGCGACCGCGCAUUCUCAGCUACUUCUUCGUCAGAAGGCACCGCCGGCCAGGCUCAGGCGCUGACACCAAAUUCGACAAACGUCGAUUUUAUUACUUAUGGUCGAUCUGAUUUAGCGGACAUCAGCAUGGGGACCUUAUUAGCAGAGAAGGAUGAAUAUACACGAACUAAAGCUCUCAUGGACCGAGCGUUAAACCAAGGUCGAACGAAAACAUGCCUCGAUGAAGCCGCGACCGACGGAUUUGCGAAGGUGUUCUCUCCAGCUGCUCGAUCUGUCGAAGUGUAUCACAUCCAGUCACUAUUGCCGCCCAAGGAGCAAGUGUUCCGGUUAGUCGAUUACCACGAUCGCUGUAUGACUUAUUGGUGUGGCGGUAUCUACUAUGCCCCAAGCUUUCGAAGAAGUUUGCUCGAAGCGUACGGCCAAUUAGAAGAGCUGGACCUACGGGAUCAUGAUUGGCGAUGGUCUGCCUUAUUGUUUUCCAUCCUGUCUGCAAGCAUGAUCGGGUCGCCUGAAGCUGUUACUGCCUCCUGGGGUUUCUCUGAUGCCGAGAAGCUGAGACUCGCCAGACAGUGGGGAAACGCUCUGAUAUCCUGUCUCAAUCUCGGGGACUAUACCUCAAGGCACCAUAUUUACUCGGUUCAGGCUAUCCUCAAUAUGCACACAUCGGAGCAUCUUAUAGGAUCUACAAAGGAAUGGGCCGCUUUCCAAGCCGCUGCCACCGUCAUUGCUAGAGGACUGGGCCUUCAUAAGCUGGGUCUGCACCCCGAUGACGGAAAGUCGCCUCUGGAAAUGACCGCUGAGCAGCGAGAAGCUCUACUACAGCGCGAGAUUGGGAGAAGGGUCUGGGCCUCCCAGGACUGGCUUUGCUCUACUUCACAGGGCAUGUACGCCCUCCAGAAGAGACAUUUCACGUCUCUCCAACCCCGGCAUUACGACGAAGAGACCAUGGUCCCGGUUCACCCUGAGGACACCCCAACCUGCACACGCAUAGCUACCUAUCUCAACGAUAUAGCCUAUCUGCUCGUAUGCUACCUUGACGAUAUGUUCGAUGCACCGGACCUAGGCGCAAAAUACAAUGUCGUCUUAAGGUAUGAUGCUGCGAUGCGAGCAAUCACGAUCGAUAAGAUGCCAAGGUUCAUAUCUCUUCACACACCGUACAACCCUUCCUGGCCGCAAUGGACCGCGUGGGCAAGACGCUCCUAUCAGGCUUCCAGCGCACACAAGAUUAUAAUGGUCCAUCAGAGCUUCUUCGGCAGGAGUUUCAAGGAUUCUCGAUACGCCUAUAGUCGAUGGGCCUGUGUUGCAAGUUCAAAGGCCAUCAUAGAGGCCAUGAACGAACGGCACGAGGAUGAACCCCAGUGGUGGGUGGAGCAGGCUUUCGUAGUCACCGCGGGGCUCUGCUUAGCGCUCGAUCUCUGCCACCGAACAGAGAAAGAUGUAGAAGCACGAGAGCACCAGCUUUGGGUGGAGAAAGCAAUCAAGAUCCUCGAGCAAUGGCCGACCAGCUCUGUCGCAGGCCAUGGCAUCCGGCUUCUAACUUCGCUCCUGCAAGAGCACGCGAAGAACUGCUGA